AUGAUUGCGUGUACAGUCGCUAUUAUUUUAACUAUAUUACGUUCAAGUCAAAAAUCGGGUUCAACAUCGGCAAGUCGUUCACGUCGUCGUCGAAAUAUUAGUGUUAUGUUAGUUACGGUUAAUUUAGUGUUUAUUAGUUUAACAGCUCCCAUUGUUAUUUAUCUAAGUGCGUAUGAUCAAUUAAAAAAUGAAAAAAAUUAUUAUCGUUCAGUUAUUUUACGUUUAAUUAAAAUUUUCUGUAUUAUAUUAAUGAAUUUAAAUCAUUCAAUAAACAUUGUUAUUUAUAGCGUAACUGCAAAAGAAUUUCGUACAGAAAUGACAAAUUUUUUACACGCUGUUCUAUAUUCUAUUAUUGGUGGUGGUCCAAAUGAACAACAUUUGAACUAUUAUGAUGAUGGUAAUCUUGUAUCACGAUUAAGAACAAUUCGACACAGCAUAUUUAAUUGUUGCAGUUUAAAAGUAAGAGUUUAUUCAUCGAAUGCCACAGAGAGUAGUAAAACAAAUCAGCACAACAAUAAUAACAGUAGUAACUAUCAAUCAGUACGAAAAAAAGGACCACGACGAAGUCGAUGUGAUAGUACCGAACGUGAACAUAUUGUAAGAACAAGUGAUGGGGCAUGUAUUGCAAAUAAGUCACAUCGUUUAACUGUACAAUUACAACAGAAUGAAAUGUCAUCCGUAUAUGAAAAAGAAAUAUCAUUUAGAGGAUUAUCUAAUUCAACCGAAGAUUGA